AAAGUGAGGAGACGAUGAAGACGAUUCUUUCUUCUGAGACGAUGGACAUUCCAGAAGGCGUUAGCAUCAAGGUUAACGCCAAGGUGAUCGAAGUGGAAGGACCUCGCGGGAAGCUCGUUCGCGACUUCAAGCAUCUCAACCUCGAUUUCCAGCUCAUCAAAGACGCGGAGACUGGGAAAAAGAAGCUCAAGAUCGAUUCGUGGUUCGGAUCUCGAAAAUCAAGCGCAUCCAUCAGAACCGCUCUUAGCCACGUCGAUAACCUCAUCACCGGUGUCACAAGAGGUUUCCGAUACAAGAUGAGGUUCGUGUAUGCUCAUUUUCCCAUCAACGCUUCCAUCGGUGGUGACAGCAAGUCUAUCGAGAUCCGUAACUUCCUUGGCGAGAAGAAGGUGAGAAAGGUGGAGAUGUUGGAUGGUGUAACCAUUGUUCGGUCUGAGAAAGUUAAGGAUGAGAUUGUUCUUGAUGGUAAUGACAUUGAGCUUGUGUCGAGGUCAUGCGCUCUUAUCAAUCAGAAAUGUCACGUGAAAAAGAAGGAUAUCAGGAAGUUCCUUGAUGGUAUUUAUGUUAGCGAGAAGAGUAAGAUUGUUGAAGAGGAAUAAACAUAAUUUUCUCGUCACUAUCUCUAUUUAAUGUUUAGUUUUGGUUUACAGACCAAAGCACCGAUGUCGUACAACUCAGCUUGUCCUUUGUUCCGUUUUGUUCGAGAUUUUUAUUUACUUAACAACUAAGCUUGUCUUUAGAGAAAAUUAUAGUAGAGUAACUCCAAAUGCUCUCAUCGCAAAAAAAUCUUUCUUCCUAUCCCCUUUUAUUCUCAAUACUCCUUUAUCUUUGAAUUCCCUAUACUAAUCUUUAUUUCUUUAAUAUAUCU